UUCACACUCACGGUCAGGCACUCACAUCUGGGAGAGAGCCUGUACACACACACUCACUCACACCCAGACAACACUCACACACACACCUAUAUACAUCGGCAUCGGGCAACUCGUUAACAAUCUGACCAACACUAUCUCUUGCUCACACACAGAGAAACACAAGCACACACUCUCUCUCUCUCUCAAAAAACACAUGGUACACCCACACACACAUACACGUAGACCAAAACACACACUCACCACCGCAUACACACCCUCCCCUCCUCCCUCGGUCGCUUGCGCGGCUCGGCGACCCUCCAUCACUGGCCAGGCCCCCCUGCCCUGAACAUCUCCAACCUUUCGGCUAGGACCAUUCGGGAAAGCAGGAGACUGAGGUGGAUGAUGAUCAUGCUGGCUAGGCUCGUGGUGGGACUCCUGGUCCUGAAGGUGGCCGCAGCCUCUCCCACCAGACACGCCCGCCAAGUGGAACUGGAUACGUACGACAGCAACAACUAUGAUGUGGGUAUGAAUCUGGAGAACCAGGACGUCUACGACUAUUAUGAUGGAGUCACCAUUGAUGAGCCUCAGAUAGAGAUCGGCACGCUGGCCCCGCCCGAGGAGAGCGCCGUGGGAGAGGAGGAGGGAGAGGAGGCGGAGGAGACGGAGGCAGAAGAGGUGGAGGAGGUUGACGAGGCCGAGGGCGAGGAGGGAGAGGAGGUGGAGGAGGUGGAUGCGGAGGAGGCCGAGGCAGAGGAAGGAGAGGAGGUAGAUGUGGAGGAGGUGGAGGCCGAGGAGGUGGGAUGUGGGAGCAGUUGUGGAGGCCGAGAGGUGGAUGUGGAGCAGUUCGAUGCGGAGGAGGCCGAGGCAGAGGAAGGAGAGGAGGUAGAUGUGGAGGAGGUGGAGGCCGAGGAGGUGGAUGUGGAGCAGUUCGAUGCGGAGGAGGCCGAGGCAGAGGAAGGAGAGGAGGUAGAUGUGGAGGAGGUGGAGGCCGAGGAGGUGGAUGUGGAGCAGUUCGAUGCGGAGGAGGCCGAGGCAGAGGAAGGAGAGGAGGUAGAUGUGGAGGAGGUGGAGGCCGAGGAGGUGGAUGUGGAGCAGUUCGAUGCGGAGGAGGCCGAGGCAGAGGAAGGAGAGGAGGUGAGGCUCCUGGGGUUCGAGAGCCUCAUGGGCCCCACUCGCAGGGGAGUCUGGGAGGAGGAGCUGCGCCUGACGCCCAUUGACAUUCUUCAAAUCUCUGGGGACUUGGGAGAGUCGGGAGAGGCAUCGGGGGCAUCCGGGGACGCUGGGGGCUCCGGCGCUUCUGGAGAUUUUGGUUCCGGCGUGUUCAGUGGGGCUUCGGGCGACUUUGGCUCCGGGGGUUCCGGGGGUUCCGGGGCUUCCUCUGGCGAGGAGCCGUCCGAGGCGUCCGGUGAGAUUGAGUACUCCGGAAUCUCCGGUGAAUUUAGCGGGGAAGCCUCUGGAACCUCCGGGGACUUUGGCACCGAAGCUUCGGGGACUUCCGGCGACCUGGGCUCCGCAGGUUCUGGAGUCUCUGGUGACCUCGGGUCCGGAGCCUCCGGUUCUGGGUCAGGUUCAGGAAUAGUGUUGGUCCCUGAUGGAGAGGAGGAGCUCCCCCUGGUUCCGGACCUCCCCGAGGAGGCCUCCGGGGCUUCCGCGGAGGAGUCGGGGGAGCCCGAGUCUGGGGAGGAGGAGGUUAUAGUAGUCCCUACAAUAGUGGAAGAGGACGAGCUGCUCCCGACAGUCCCUACCACCCCAGAGGAGGUCACAGGGGGUGUUGUGGGCUCUGGAGAGUCAGGCUCACCUGACAUUGACAUUGACAUUGACAGUACGGAAGGUAUGUCAACCUGCAUGCUGUGUACCUGCUUGGGCGGGUCUGUCUACUGUGACGAUGUGAAGUUGCAGAGUGUACCACCCCUGCCCAAAGAUACCACUCACUUCUAUGCCCGCUACAACAAGAUCACAAAGAUCAACAAGUCCGACUUUGCUAACAUGAACAAGCUGAAGAGAAUCGAUCUUACGAGUAACGAGAUCGGCCGGGUGGACGAUGACGCCUUUUUCGGGCUGCCCGCUCUGCAGGAGCUGGUGGUGAGAGAGAACAGGCUUGUCCAUCUGCCCGCCCUGCCAGCCUCCAUGACCCUCAUUGAUGCCAGUAUCAACAAACUGGGUAGCACGGGCAUUCAGAAAGAGGCUUUCAAGGAUAUGGCAGGUCUUCUGUACCUGUACUUGACGGAUAACAACAUUGACUAUGUUCCUGUACCGCUGCCGGACAGUCUACGCUCAUUGCACCUACAGAACAACAACAUCCAAAUGCUGCACGAAGACACAUUCUGCAACGUGAAAGACUUACACUAUAUCCGGUACGCUCUGGAGGACGUGCGCCUGGAUGGAAACCCCCUCAACCUCAGCAGAACCCCGCAUGCCUAUGUGUGUCUGCCUCGCAUUCCUAUUGGUGCUCUUAUUUAAAUUCACACACACACACACACAAACACGCACACACAAACACACACAAAUUUGCACAUGCGUUAAGACCUCUGUGUGCUCACCCAACUUUAUUUCCUCACUAAAGGCUCAUGCAAACUUACAAAUGAAUAGAUGCCUUUUACUGACUUGUGCAAACACAAACACACAAGCACGCGGACACACGCGCGCACACACACACACACACACUUGCACACAGUAAGACACUUGAACACACAAAAUUGCAUACUCAGUAGAUGAUAUUUGAAUUGGUAAUGAUGCAAACUUUUCCUCCAACUACCUGCCUGUUUCCAUAUGGAUAUCCAACCAAAAGACAUUAAUGCAAGACACACUCACACACGCUACGACCAGAAGUCACUGGUCACUGGAAAACAGACUAUAAGAGUUCGCUUUUUUGAAAAAAAUCACUGGGGAAAUGUGACAAAGCCUUCUUAGGUGUCUAUGCCACCCAAUCACAAGCACAGACACACUCACACACACACACACACAGAUGCACACAUAUACAUGCACACACACACAGCAGAGGAAGUUUUAUCUUGAAUUUCUCAGAUCUCAGAUGAAAAAUCAUGGGAAGAAACACAAAAUCACGAACCUCUGAACAUAAACUAUGAAUCAGUUUUAUUGAUCAAUCAAUCAAUCAAUCAAUCAAAAAUAUUUUGUUUAUUUUAUUUUUAUUCCUGUUCAGGACUGGCUAAGAUGACCAGUGAUGACAUUGUUCAAAUGUGUUUGUUUUGUAAAAAAAAAAAAGUGAUAAUAUUAAUGUGCAGUUAAUUCUAACACACUUCCUGAAAAAUUUUCAUUUUACUAGCCUAAAAUCAUUCUAGCUGGAGCUUCCGGAUUCGUUGAAAGAACAAUUUGAUUAUCUAAUGCAAUAAAAAAUAAGCAUUCUAACACAAUCAUUUGUUGUAAAGUCUGUACUGUAAUAUAAAAAAAUAUAUAUAUUCUUUAAAUAGCUUUUUUACAUGAAUUGCAAUAUUUGGUAUAUUACAUUUCAAAGUGUUGUUUUAAAACAUGCACAAUAGCCUUCACAUAAAUAUUUCAUGGCUUCUGUGUGACUGAGGGGGUUUGUGGGAAUGGUUUGGGGGUGAAUCAUAGUCUGCUAUUGUGUACUUUGUAUGGAAAUACCACAAUUGAAUAAAGUUGUUUUGGUGACCUCUCCAAAA